AUGUCUUACUCAGAGCGCAACUCUAAGAAACGCAAAACCGAACAUAAUGGUCGAGAGGGAGGUUCCACCAGACCUUCCACGAUAUUUGAUCCAGUUGAAGGUGGUCGACCAUGGACCAUCUCCGUUGCCAUUCCCAGCAGUAUCCUCUCAGACCUCGCUUCUGCUGACCAGCGAAUGAACCAACCCGCUCGCAUUGCUCGUGCCCUCGCUGCUUUCUCUGUCGACGAAGUGGUUGUUUUUGACGAUUCUCCUCUCGCGACCCGCCCUCGCCAAACAGAUACCAACAGUUACACAGGCGACACCGACCCGUGCCAUUUCCUCACGCACAUUCUAACCUACUUGGAGGCACCGCCAUUUAUGCGCAAAGCCUUCCCUCUCCACCCUAACUUGCGACUAAUUGCCAUGUUGCCCCGUUCAAGUCAGAGAUACGCCGUCGGCUCUGCUGGAGGGAAGGAUGCUGCAGACCGCUACUGGAACUUAGCUAAGGAGUGUGGCAUCCGUCCUGCAUGUCGUCAACUACAACAUGCCACCUGUCGACAACGGCGGCAUCGAGGAGGUACACCAUUGGGGGGCAAGAAAACACUGGACUUUAAUUAUCCUGCAUAUCAUCAACUACGACAUGCCAUCUAUCGACUACGGCGGCAUUAA